UUCAGCUGGGUGUGACCUGGGAAGUUGGACAGGUAGAGUUACCUGCAGCCCUUCCCCCACAGCCACUCCCUCAUCCGUCAGCUUCUCAGGUGGAGCUCAGCCUUCGUCAGUUUCCAUCCAGCAGGCGUCCAACAAACAGACGGUGACAUCAUGGUGUUCCACUCAGAGUUUGAGCGUGCAGGCCAGACAGCGGGGCUUCAGGUGUGGCGAGUGGAGAACAUGGAACUGGUUCCUGUUCCUGAGAGUCUCUACGGAGGGUUCUACACUGGGGAUGCUUACCUGAUUCUCCACAGCACUGAGAACCGCAGCGGAACCCUGCAGUACGACUUGCACUACUGGCAAGGGUCGGAGUGUUCUCAGGAUGAGAGCGGUGCAGCGGCCAUCUUUACAGUGCAGAUGGACGAUUUCCUGCAGGGGAUGCCAGUCCAGUACCGUGAAGUCCAGGGCCAUGAAUCCAGUACCUUUACUGGGUACUUCAAAUCUGGACUCAAGUACAUGAAAGGGGGUGUGGCUUCUGGGUUCCAACAUGUGGUGACCAAUGAUGUGGAGGUUCUGCGGCUGCUGCAGGUCAAAGGUCGACGUGUCAUCAGGGCAACAGAAGUUCCUGUCAGCUGGGAGAGUUUCAACCAGGGAGACAGUUUUAUAUUGGACCUUGGAGGGGAAAUCAUCCAGUGGUCUGGUUCCCAUAGCAACCACUUUGAGAGGCUGAAGGCCACAAUGGUGUCUAAGGGUAUCCGUGAUAGUGAGAGGUGUGGGCGGGCCAAGGUGCUGUUCUGUGAUGAGGGGGCGGAGCCAGAACAGAUGCUGGAGAUUCUUGGGGAGAAGCCAGAGCUGCCUGAAGCUCACAGUGAUGACACAUCAAUGGACGCUUCACACAGGACAAAGGGACAACUCUACAAGGUGUCCAAUGCAGAUGGUGACAUAGAGGUUACCAUGGUAGCAGAGCAGAAUCCGUUUUCCCAGGAUGCUUUACAGUCCAGCGAUUGCUUCAUCCUUGACAACGGAACUAAUGGACUCAUCUUUGUUUGGAAAGGUAAGGAUGCAAACACUGAGGAGCGUCGCGCUGUCCUGAAGAGCUCAGAGCAGUUCAUCCACAAGAUGAACUACCCAGCACACACGCAGGUUCAAGUGCUUCCUGAGCAUGGAGAGACUCCACUCUUCAAACAGUUCUUUAAGGACUGGAGGGACCCUGAUGACACUGCUGGCAUGGGAACGGCAUACGUAUCCAAUCAGAUUGCAAAGAUAGAGAAGGUUCCGUUUGAUGUAUCAAAGCUCUACCAAUCAGAAGCCAUGGCAGCGCAGCACGGUAUGGUGGACCGAGGAGAUGGAGACAAACAGAUCUGGCGUAUUGAAGGAUCAGAUAAAGUGUCAGUGGAUCCAUCAGUGUUUGGUCAGUUCUAUGGAGGAGACAGUUACAUCAUUCUGUAUGCGUACCAGCACAGCAACGGGCAGGGUCACAUCAUCUACAUAUGGCAGGGGGCAGAGUCCAGCCAGGAUGAGGUUGGAGCAUCGGCCAUCUUGGCUGUCCAGCUAGAUGAUGAACUUGGAGGGCACGCUGUGCAAGUGCGUGUAGUUCAGGGGAAAGAGCCAGCCCACCUUAUGAGCUUGUUUGGGGGCCAACCAAUGGUGGUGUACAAGGGUGGCACUUCCAGAGAGGGAGGCCAAUCAGAGGUGGCAGAUACCCGCCUAUUCCAAGUUCGAGCCAAUCCAGCAGGGGACUCCAGAGCUGUGCAGGUGGAUCCGGCCUCCUCCAGUCUAAACUCCAGUGAUGUUUUCCUCCUGGUCUCCUCUUCUGGAUGCUGGAUGUGGGGAGGGAGAAACAGCAGCCCUGCUGAAGUCCAGGGAGCUGAACACCUUGCUGGACUACUGCAGGUGACCCCUGUUUCACUGGAGGAGGGGGAGGAGGAAGAUGAAUUCUGGGAUACACUGGGGGGGCAAGAGGACUACUGCCGUGCCCCUCGGGUGAAGGACAAUAUGGAGGCUCAUCCUCCUCGCCUGUUUGCCUGCUCCAACAAGACCGGAAACUUCUUGAUGGAGGAGGUUCCAGGCGAGCUGACGCAGGAUGACCUUGCUGCUGAUGAUGUCAUGGUCUUGGAUACGUGGGACCAGGUGUUUGUUUGGAUUGGAAAUGAGGCCCACGAGGAGGAGAAGAUGGAGGCAUCGUCAUCAGCUGUCAGGUACAUUGAGAGCGACCCAGCAGACAGGGACCCUCGUACCCCCAUCGUGAUGGUCAAACAGGGAUUUGAACCACCCACCUUCACUGGCUGGUUCCUGGGCUGGAACCACAAGUACUGGAGCACCACCAAGUGAGAGAGUGAUAUCAUUUCCUGUUCAAACAAGAUGGAGUCUGAUGGUGUUGUUCUAAUAAAUAAAGCCUGUCUGUC